AGAGUCCCAACAACCCAAAUGAGUCCAAACGGGCUUUGGUGAGUAGGUAAGGGAUGGUUUGGACUUUGGACUUUCCGGCUCUUUGCUCUGCUACGUGCAGGACGACUACUAACCAGUAACCAACCAACUACUCCAACCUCGUGUGCUAAAUUUGGAAGGGAGGGGGUAAAAAUACGAAAGAAAAAGGAAAAGCGAAAAAGGGCAGAGUUUGGUAGAGGGAGUGUUUAGCCGCCAGUAGCUGACAAUGUUAAUUCAGAGGACAACAUCGGGACCGCCGUCGUCGGAGGUUUGCUUACCUGUGGUGUUCAGCCGGGAUCGGACACGUGUGACACUGAGCCAGCUUCAUUUCAGAAGCAGCUGUAUCAUACUCGAUAGAAGAACACUGCGGGUGUCAGCUGCGGAUCGCGGUAGAAAUAUUAGCGCCGGCGGUGGAGGCAGCGAUGGAAUAACUAAUAUCAAUAGCGGCAGCGGCAGUGCGCAAAACACCAAAAACAACAACGAUGGCGAUACUAGGAAAGGGAGUCCGCCUUCGUCGUCGUCCUCAUCCUCCUCCUCCUCCAAUUACGUGGUGCCGCUGGACAAGUCUUCCUGCAUCACUCGGCCGCUCGCCGAGAUCCUCCGAGACCUCAACAAGAGAAUUCCAGAUAACAUCAUCAAAUCAGCUCCGCAUCUGGAUCGGGAUCAUUAUCCCACGUUCAUCCCCUGGUACCAUGCCAACCGCAUGUUAAGCUUUUAUGCCCCAGGUUGGUGUGGUGAAAUACGCGACGUUAUUUUCUCUGAGAAUGGAAGUGUUACAGUGGUUUACCGUGUCACCAUACGAGGUUCGGAUGGUGAGGCACACCGGGAAUCAACCGGGACUGUGUCAUCCAGCAAUGGCCAGGUUGUAGAUCUUGUAGCUGCAGCAGAGGAAAUCGCAUUUUGCCGAGCAUGUGCUCGAUUUGGACUAGGCUUAUAUCUCUAUCAUGAUUAAUAGCCUAGUCACAGAAGUUGUUAUUGAGAACAUGUUUCAAUGUUGUUUGUACAUCUUAUCUUGAAAUACGGCACAUAUAUCUUUUUCCUCGUGUCGUCAAUAGAGAUAUUGGCACAGGGUGGCUAUGAAUUGCUCUAUAUUGACUAAGUGGUGGUUGUGAAUUUGGGAAUGUUGAAUUUGGAGAUAAUAGUACCCUUCCCCUUUCCUGUUUUCA